AUGCUUUGUGCAAUUGGCGUUCAAAAGCUGUCGGCACAUGAAAUCAUCAAGGUGCAUAUAUUACCAGCCUUUGAGGCGAAAAGUAGAGCUACACUGGAGGGUCUGAUGGUAGAUUACUUAUGCUUUGUGAUGACACAUCUACGAUCUGGCUGCCAUGUGUGUCAUAAUGAGAGGAAGUACAUUAUUUCUGAGUUAAGAAGCAAAGCUCUGAUAUUAUCGAAUUAUGGGUUGAAACAGCUAGCUGAGGCGUCGAUUCAUUUCGGUGAAGAAUUUGGAAACCAGGUUAACAUGAAGAAGCUUACCAAGAACUUGGAUAUAACGUGGCAUGUGGUUGAUGGUACCUACUUGAAACAUCCAGCAUCAAAAUAUUAUGCAUGCGGGUUGAAGGAGUGGCGGGAAUUUUUCCAAGAGAUAGGGAUAGUUGAUUUUGUUCAAGUGGUUCAAGUUGAAAAGAGCAUUGCUGAAUUCUAUUCUGUUUCACGUUGUGAAAAGUUUGAUACGACCUUGUUACCUCCCGAGUUAGCUGUUAGAGACUGGGAAUCCCCGGAACUAGUUGAUCUCUUGUCUCUUUUGCACAAAAGUAAUGGCCGCAAAGGUUGCAAGUACCUUUUGGAAGUCCUGGAUAGAUUGUGGGAUGAUUGCUACCAUGACAAAACAACUGUUACUUUUAAUUCCGGUGGGGAUGGUGUCAUCAGAUCGUCACAAUCUUCAUUUCUGAGGCCAAUUUGUGAAUCUCAAUGGAUAGUUUCAUGCAUGGACGACGAAUUGCAUCUUGCGAAAGACCUCUAUCAUGAUUGUGAUGAUGUGCGAUCAAUACUUGGCAUGAAUGCGCCGUAUGCAGUUCCGAAGGUUACAAGUGUCAAGUUACUUAAUGAUAUUGGUUUCAAGACCAAAGUUUGCCUCGAUGAUGCUUUGGAAAUCCUAGAAGCUUGGGUACACUGUGGAGAUUCUUUCAAAUCAAGCAUCUCUCAGGUUACCAGAUUUUACAAAUUUUUGUGGAAUGAAAUGGCUGAUUCGAAGCAGAAAAUUACUGAAAAGCUCCAUGCUUUCCCUUCUGUAUUUGUGCCACACAAAAUUGGAAGUAGGCAGAAUGAUAUAAUAUCCGGAAUAUUCUUGUCACUUGAUGAUGUUUACUGGAAUGAUUCUGCUGGCGUUUUAGAAGAGAUAAAAGAGAUCAGUUCGCAGAUCAGCAGUGUUGUGGAAUCAUUGCAUAGAAAAACAUUGUGCAAUAUCUAUCCAGGUCUCCAUGACUUUUUUGUGAAUGGGUGUGGAGUACCUGAGACGCCUUCUUUCCAAGAGUACCUUAAAAUUCUGGGGCAAUUCGCACACUAUGUGUCGCCCUCAUGUGCUGCCAAGGCUGUCUCCAAAAUUUUCCUGAAGUGGAGUGAUGACUUGAAAUCUGGAAAAUCUACUGAAGAUGUUGUUCAUUUUAAAGAGAGACUUUCAGAACUCGAAUACGCUGUGCUUCCUACUGAAAGUGAUAAGUGGGUUUCCUUACACUCCUCGUUCGGUCUCGUAUGCUGGUGUGAUGAUGAGAAGUUAAAGAAGAGAUUCAAAAAGAAGGAUAAUAUUCAGUUUAUUUACUUUGGGGAAAAUGCUGACGAAGAGCAAGAAGUGCUUCAAACAAAAGUAUCUGUGCUGAUGCACAGCUUGGGCAUUCCAAGUAUUUCUGAGGUGGUAAAGCGUGAAGCGAUAUAUGAAGGUUUGCAAGAUAAUAGUGUAACAGUGUCACUUGUGAACUGGUCUCUUCCUUAUGCGCAGCGAUAUCUCUUUACUCUACAUCAUGAGAAGUAUAACCAAACAAAAAAGACUGUUUAUAGUCAAGUCAAGCGUCUACAAGUCUUUGUUGUUGAGAAGUUAUGCUAUAAAAAUGUCAUACCGCAAUAUGACAUUAGCUCUAAAAAGGAGUUUGAAUGCAGCUCUCUUCUGCAGGAUAAAUCUCUGUACACAACACCGUGUCUGGAUUCCCAUUCCUUGUUCAUGGAACUGUCUCGUUUAUUUUUCAACGGAGUUCCUGAUCUGCAUUUGGCGAAUUUCCUUCACUUGAUCAAAACAAUGGCAGAAUCUGGUAUGGGCGAGGAGCAAAUGGAAUCAUUCAUUUUGAACAGUCAAAAAGUUCAGAAGAUUCCUGAUGAUGAGGAGAUCUGGUCCCUCAAAUCUGCUCUUAAAGCCAAGAAGAAAGCUGGAAUAAGCUUGAGCUGGGUACCUUCAACUUCCAAACCACGCCACGGUUCUAACGAGCCUCACAUUGAUGACUCUAAACAAGAACUGGCCUCCGGUCAUGUUAGUAGUAGCGAAGAGAAUGUAACAGAGGCGCUUGAGGAACAAGUAUCGACUGGUACAAACUUGGCUGCUGGAUAUGAUAACAGUGCAGGCACAAGUUCACUAGCUAUCCAGCCAAACCCAUUGCAUUCUUUGCAAAUGAAGACUGGCUCAGCCUCAGGGAAUCAACCUUCUUUUAACUUCAAUCCAAACCUUCUUCAUGAUUGGAACAACUCCGUCUCAGCUAACUUCAGCGAAAGAGAUCAACUUCAUACAGGCACACCUUGGGCUGCACAGGCACAACAGACAGGUAGAAAAGGCGAAGAAAUCGCUUACAGAUACUUCUUGGCAACACACAGUAAGGAGGCUAACGUUAGAUGGGUUAACGAGCAUAGCGAAACCGGUUUACCUUACGACCUAUUGCUCGAAUACCCUGGUGGUAAGCUAGAGUACGUGGAGGUGAAAGCAACAGUGUCUACGCGGAAAGAUUACUUCAACUUGACAGUGAGGGAAUGGCAAUUUGCAAAUGAGAAAUGUGAGGGUUACAUAAUUGCUCAUGUUUUGUUGGGAAACAGUAAUGCAAUCCUUACACAGCAUAGGAACCCUGUCAAGUUGUGCCAAGAAGGUCUUCUCCGGUUAUUGAUUCUCAUGCCUAACCAGCGAAACGAGGUCAAUGUUGCGUUUUAA